AAAAGUUGUUCGACUUGAACGGACGCGCAUUUCGUGGGAAUUUAACUUGGUGAUAAUUUAAAGGCGAAGACGGUACAGUGAAGCAACAUCAAGAUGGACUGCGGCACAUCUAUGGUCAAAUACAUCCUCUUCAUAUUUAACACCAUUGUGUCGAGCUAUGCCGUCUUCUUGUUGAUCCUGCUGAUCCUGCAGCUGACGCUCGUUAUUCUGCUGUUUACCAACAAGGAGAAGUUUGAGAACGCAAUGGGAAACGUUAUCGAGAAUGCAUGGAUGGCAGACACUACUCAUAAGGAUGGUGUCUUCGAUACCAUUCAGAAAUCGUUGCACUGCUGCGGAUCAAGCUCUGCUCUGGACUAUGUUGCCAAGGGAGAACUGCUGCCCUCAAGUUGUUGCAGCGGCUCGUGCCUGAACCCGGCCAACUACUACCCGGGAUGCCGUGGAAAGUUCAUCAAAUUAAUGACCGCUGGAUCUGAGAACGCUAAAUAUGUGGGCAUCGGCCUCAUCGGAGUGGAGCUGAUCGGCUUCAUCUUUGCCUGUUGCCUGGCCAACAAUGUGCGUAACUACAAGCGCCGGAACGCCUACUAAGCAAUAGAUGCAUCCAUCAACCACAUCUAGAGGAACACUCACAUCCGGUAGCACACACUCCUCACAUUCUCAUUAACUUUACAGUCGUUGAACGCACUUACACAAAGGGAUACAAUAACACCUUGA